CCCCGCCCGCAGCCCCGCUCCGCAGCCUCUCCUCUCCCCGCCCGCCGCCGCCCCACGGCGCCCGGAAACAGCGGCAGCGGCGGCGGAGCGGGGCUGCGGCUUCCCCGCAGCCAUGAGCGGGCUGGGGGCCGCGGCGGGGCCGGGCUGGCGGCCGGACAGAGGCGGACUCUCUCUCCUUGCCGAGGAGCCGCACGGAGCCGCACCUGUGGAUUUCCUGCAGGAGCUGCCCAGUUACCAGUCGGCGCGGAGGCGCCGCGGGGGCUCCCAGGAGCGCCGGCCGGCCCUGCCGAGCACCGCCCGCAGCAUCGGGACCGCGGGCAGGGCGCUGCUGCCCGAGAGAGGCGAACCGACCGACCGCCCUGCCAGGGAGCACCCCAAGUGCAUGGCGGAGAAGAGGAGAAUAAGGGACUCUCAACAGGCUGAAACAGAACAUUUAUCUAGAUGGAAGAAGUGGAGAAGAACUAGCAAUAAAUCACUGAAAAAAGCACUCAAUGAAAUCAAAGGCUUGUCAUCUUACCUGGUGCUUUGGCGACACGAUAUUCACAGCAUAGAAGGGAAAUUUGGUACUGGCAUCCAGUCCUACUUCUCCUUCCUGCGCUUUCUGGUCCUGCUGAACUUUAUAAUUUUUAUCCUGAUGUUCAGUUUUGUUACUCUUCCCACCAUAAUUUCUAAAUAUGGAAUAUUCAACAGCACCAUUGCUUACAUUUCUCCAAAGAACAUAGAGGAUGUCUGCACAGUUUAUGAACCUAGUGGUAAUAAGGGACUUGUUUACUUCUAUACUUACCUCAAAGAUUUGCUCAGUGGCACUGGAUUCCUUGAAUUGACAAGUUUGUUUUAUGGCUAUUACUCAAUAGAUGCUGUAUGGAUCAGUGUCAUGAGGUACAACUUGCCACUGGCAUACCUGCUGGCUACAUUUGCCUAUCUUGCCUUAAGUUUCCUCUGGAUAGUAAAGAGGUCUGUGGAAGGCUUUAAGCACAAUUUAGUGCACGAUGCAGACCCAUUUCAGAGUUACUGUAACAAAGUCUUUGCGGGCUGGGACUUCUGCAUCACAGAUCCCAGUGCAGCCCGGCUGAAAUACCGCAGCUUGCAAUACGAGCUCCAGACAGACUUGCAGGAAGAAAAACUGAAGCAAAAAAUAGCUGAGAGAACAAUGGAAGAAAAGUUACGCAUCUACUCUCUGAGAAUAUUUAUAAAUAUAAUUGUCAUUGCCAUUUUAUCAGGAUGUUUUUACUCUAUUUAUAGAGUAACUGUCUUCUCUCAAGAAAGCUCCAAUGACGUUGACAAUGCAAACUCCCAGGUUAAUCUCUUAGUGCAGUAUUUACCUUCCAUGGUGAUCACACUGGCCAACUUCAUUGCUCCUCUGAUCUUCUCAUUUCUGAUCAGAUUUGAAGACUACACACCAGCCUUUGAAAUCAAGCUGACACUCUUGAGGUGUGUCUUCGUGCGCUUGGCCAAUAUUGGCGUUCUCUUGUUCUCGCUGUGGAGUCAGAUCUCGGACUGUGCUAGUGACAAGUGUGAACCCUGUGGAUACAAUUACAAACUCUAUCCUUGCUGGGAAUCUGAUGUUGGGCAGGAAAUGUACAAACUGAUGAUAUUUGAUUUUAUUGUAAUUCUUGCUGUGGCCCUGUUUGUGGACUUCCCCAGAAAGUUGUUAGUUACUCAUUGCUCUUGCAAGCUGGUUCAAUGGUUUGGACAUAAGGAAUUUGAAAUUUCUGACAAUGUCCUGGAGAUCAUUUAUGGGCAGACUAUUUGCUGGAUUGGAACCUUCUUUUCACCACUUCUCCCUGCAAUAGCAACUAUAAAAUACUUCAUCAUCUUCUAUGUUAAAAAGAUUGUUUUGAUACACACACGCAAACCUGCAGCCAGGCCUGUAAGGGCAUCAAGUUCCAACUUUUUCUUCCUGGUGGUGCUGUUGAUUGGGCUCCUCUUGGCUUUUGUCCCUCUGGGAGUCAGCAUAGCACAUAUCCCCUCUUCCAAGGCAUGUGGCCUGUUCAAGAACUUCAGCACUUCAUGGGAAGUUAUUCCAGAUACAAUACUUCAGUUUCCAAUAGGUCUGCAGCAGGUUCUUUUUGGCAUGGCAUCAGAAGCCUUUGCAGUGCCUUUUUUUGUGAUCCUUUGCAUCAUUAUGUUCUAUGUUAUUGCCUUGGCUCGAGCCCACAAACGAGUGGUUGAACAGCUGAGAGAACAACUGGUUUUGGAGAGUCGUGACAAGAUGUUCCUGAUCAGAAAGAUAGCAGAAGCUCAGAGGUAUCCUUGAAAACCACGCAAGCCAAAAGAACUUGACUUCCUGAAACUCCCAGAGCAACAAGAUAACAGCAGAAGCAUUUGCAGCUUCUAAAAACAGAAGCUGACUGGCACGCUGGGACUGGUCUAAGAAAUGGGUGCUUGUGGUCUGAGUCUUUCUUGAUUAAGCUGGUGGUGCUUAAGGUUUCCAAAACUUGGAAAUUCAUCUGAUUUAUACUGUGGUAGAGCUGUUCAAAAAAGGACACUUUAACUCUGAUACACCUUCAGGGUUGUUGGGAUUUGUUACAUCCCUAUUUUUUCAGGGAUGUUUGGGUAAAAUAUGAUCAGAACUGAAGGUCUUUUGUACUGUUUUUACAAAUUAUGCUGUAAGAAUCACAAGAGAGGGGAAAGGUAUGGUUUUACAUGUUUUCAAUGCCUUUCAUUUGCUUUGAUUUUAAAAAAAAGAAGUACAUAUGGAAGUAUUUUGGUAAGAAAAUAUGGAAUGGGUUUGAAAUCAGUUUUCUAAAUAUUUUUAGAGGUAAGGGUUUGCUACUUCAAGAGCAGUUGAACACUGGAUAACUGGUCACAAAAUGGUUCAGAGAAAACAAGCUGAUAAAGAAGAGGUCUGAAUAAACACUGGGAGCAGGAAGAAGCCAGCAGGCACAGCUCUGCUGGGGCACCAGCCUCGCUGGUCUGGAGAGCCCUUUCCUGGUUUUGUUUUAUUGUUUUAAGUCAUUAUUAUUUGUGUUUUAUCCUUGUAUGAACAUCUUGACUACUGUUCUAUGUGUUCUAAAAUGUGAAUAUUUCAGUUAAAUUAUUGGUUGGCAAUACUGUGUGUCAGUACAUUUUAAUUUCACUUUCCUAUCUUACCUGAGCCGCUGGGCCCGUGUGUCCCUGUGGGCUACUAACUCAGUCCUUUAUUUAAAGAUUGUGGUUAAGGAUUUUCUGUACAAAACCGCGUUGCUGGUUUUGAAAUGUGCAUUAGUCCUCUCUCAAUGUGAGACACUAUCCUAUUUAUAUAAUGUUGUGGAAUGUUUUCUGUGCUCAUUUGAAAGAAAUGACCAUUCAAUAAACGGUAUUUUUUUACCA